AACUAUCCUCAGUACCAUCACCACUAACAACAGCAACAAAAUUAGAGAUCCUUUGAUCAAUUUCUCAAAUUUUCCCUCUCAACAUGGCCUUCUCAGCAACCAUCCCUAGCUGUGAAACUUCACUACUUCUCAAGAAGUCAUCCUUUAAUGGCCUCAAGAACCAUUCCAAAGUCCCACUUGCCAACCUCAAGUUUCUGGUUCCUGCCAAAACAAAACUCACCGCCACCGCCACCAGGGUGAUGGUGGUUUCAAACUCCUCCGCGGCAGCGGCAGCUCAGGAACCCAUCAAAAUAAUCGCACCAAAGAUCCCUCUCCCUGCAUUCCCAUUUGAAGAAUACAUGGCAACCAAAGCGAAACACGUUAACAAGGCAUUAGAUGAGGCAAUUCCACUUCAGAAUCCAGUAAAAAUCCAUGACGCCAUGAGAUACUCUCUUCUAGCAGGAGGGAAACGCGUAAGGCCAGUUUUAUGUAUAGCUGCUUGUGAAUUAGUAGGAGGAGAUGAGGCAACAGCUAUGCCAGCAGCAUGCGCAAUGGAAAUGAUCCAUACUAUGUCACUAAUCCACGAUGAUCUUCCCUGUAUGGACAACGAUGAUCUUCGACGAGGAAAACCCACUAACCACAAGAUGUUUGGUGAAGAAACAGCAAUUCUUGCAGGCGAUGCACUUCUUUCUUUCUCUUUUGAACAUGUUGCCAGGUCAACCAAGAACGUUUCGCCUGACAGAGUUGUUAGAGCCAUAGCCGAACUCGGUUCAGCGGUUGGAUCGGAAGGGUUAGUCGCAGGGCAGAUAGUGGAUAUCGACAGUGAAGGUAAAGACGUCAGUGUUAGUGAUUUGGAGUAUAUUCAUAUUCACAAGACCGCCAAGCUUUUAGAAGCAUCAGUUGUCUGUGGGGCGAUACUGGGAGGAGCUGAUGAUGAAAGUGUGGAAAGGGUUAGGAAAUAUGCAAGGUGUAUCGGGCUGCUGUUUCAAGUUGUUGAUGAUAUUUUGGAUGUGACCAAGUCAUCGGAAGAGCUGGGAAAGACGGCCGGCAAGGAUUUGAUCACCGAUAAGGCGACAUAUCCAAAGCUUAUGGGAAUCGAUGAGGCUAGGAAACUUGCUGCUAAGUUGGUAGAUCAAGCUAAUCAAGAACUUGCUUAUUUUGAUUCUGCUAAGGCUGCUCCAUUAUACCAUUUUGCUAACUAUAUUGCCAGCCGACAAAAUUAAUUCUUUUUUUGUUUCUUUUUCUCUUUUUCUUUGGUGGUAAUAAUCUUAUUAUUUGUACGAUUAAUUCGUCUCUUGAUCAAGUGUUUUGUUUGAUGAUAUUUAAUCUUAUAUAUACAGAUAUAUUUCAUUUUAA